CGCCCGCUCGGUCUUGCCUCAACACAACUGCCUGCGCACAGCAACACGAACAUGUCCAACAUGUCGCUAUCGGACUCGGAGCUCUCGUCGCUCUCAUCGGCACCCCCGUCUGACGAAGAAACAGGUUCCAUGGCCAUCGAUGAGCCCGUGGGCAUCACGAAGUACUUCAAGAAGGAGACCGAAUCUCCGCCGCCGAAGCGGGAGCCCUCACCACCCCACGAAUAUGUGUUGGCGGAUAAUUCAGAUAUUGCAUUCAUUGUAAUGUUCCGUGCGCGUUUUCAUGAUGCGUUUCCGCGAUCAACACCACACUUUGGACCACAAGACAUUGAGAGAGGCGUUGCGGAAUCCCCCCCGGGGGAUCAUAUCGAGAGACUAUUAUGUGCAUUUCUUGGCUUGGUGCUGAACAGGAAGAAGGACGUGGAUCGGAAUCACUACCAGCGUCCGUUGGAAGAGGCGAUCCAAACCCAUUCUUCCCAAUGGCCCAAGGCUUGGCAAGGGAAGAACCCUCUGCACGGGGGUCGCACUUUCGCAACCAUGACCCCAGAAGAACGCUUACUACUACUGAAGUCGUUGAUCCUCUGGUCCCUUGCCUCCUCCGAUGCCGUCCAAGCUAAAAUCAAAGAGUCCUACAAACAAGCACGCCACGAAGACGACCUGAACCAACCACUCUCCGUCCAACCAUGGGGUCGCGAUGGCCUCAAGCGCAGAUACUGGCUCAUUGAAGGUCUAGAUGAUACACACUUUAGGCUCUAUCGCGAGAGUAAUCCGUCGCUCAAGAAUGUCUCUUGGUGGAGUGUGGCGGGAAGUAUUCCUGAGUUGAAGGCCGUUGCAGACAAGCUGGAUACGGAGAAAAGUAUGCACUCGAGGAAACUCAGUGAGAAGAUAAGGAACUCAAUCCCCCGUUUCGAGGGCUCUGAAGAGAAACGCAAACGCCGAGAUUACCGUAUUGCACGGAAAGCAGCAUUUGCGCGCCCGGAGCCUGGGUUCUCUCUCUACGAAGGGCGCACACGCGGAAAGAAGUUGAAAUACACCUAUUCCGAUGACGAGGACAUCUUCUCUGAUGGCCUUCCCUCAACACGGCGUUCGACACGUAACACAUCGGGUGUUUCUACGCCCCCAGAGCCGAGCGGGCCUAGAUUUACGGCCAGUGGCCGUCAAAUACGCUCACGCGCAGGUGGCGUAUAUGGUGAGACUUUGUUGAGCGGUCAACGUGAGGACGUCAUCGCCGGUGAAGAUGGCAGACCUUCAAGAACUCGGGCUACCCGAUCGAACGGAUAUACGGAUUAUGACGUGGACGAGGAAAUGGACGAGGGCUCGGAAGCCGCACAAUCAAGCGGAAAUGAGUGGCAAGGAGGCGAGGAGGAAGAGGACAACGAUUUCGAGGGAGACGAUGAGGAGGAGCUGAGUGGUGAUGAAGCGGUCAUGAACGGGGAGGCUCCAAGCCUCGUGGUGCAACUCAGAUACAACAAAGACAAGGCACCAAGUAGCCCCAGUGGUCCCGCAGAGGAACACUUAGCGGGGAAAUUCGAGAGCAAGGAUGAGGGCAUGGCUAAACCAGCUACAGCGAGCAACGCUGAGAAUUCAUCGCAGGCCCAACCCCAACCCGAGUUGAACGGGGAAUCAACUGCGGCAAAGGCUCUACCCGAUGCUGCAGCCAGUGCGACCGUUCCUCCGGGCCAGGAAGCUUCAACUGGUGUACCUGCCAGCGUCGAUGUGGCUCAAGCGCCUCCCACGCAGGCUCAAACCAAAACGGCUUAAAAUGUCGGGGAAUACAUGCUAAUGCGCUGGAUCAGUAGCCAGUCCCUUGCACUUAUUCGUUUAUUUUCUGGCCUUGAUAGAGAGAAUUCUAUGCCGGAUUGUUUCUUGUCAAAGGGAGGACAGAAUCCAGAGUUUCAUUCAAGGCGUUCUUCUGUUUGUGGGUAGAAUUGUCGGGACAGCCUCGAGGGAAAUUGUGCUACUAUUAGAAGUGUGAUGCUUGGUCUGGAGUUCCCUGCGACUGCUAUAUGGCAGGAUCACCACACCGUGGAUUUGUAGUGAGAUGACGGAUUACCCAGGACAUGAUCUGUCUUACAACAUGAGAUUCGAUAUGAACCGCUUGCUGGGCCUAUGCGCUAUGUACAUUACUGAAAUUGCAAGCUUGAGAUGAACGACAGGUGCAUGAGAUCUCUCAAGAUUCAGUGAAGCCGGAAGUGUGUAUGAAAGGAAAGCCC